GGAAGUGGUGCGGGACCACAUCGAAGGCCUUGCUCAAGUCCAGGCAGAUGACAUCAGUUGUCCCCCUGGAGUCCAUCAGUGCCAUCUCUGCAUCACAAAAAGCCACCGCGUGGCUCAGGCACGAUCUGCCCUCGGUGCCGCCCUGCUGGCUGUCCAGGAUCGCUUCUCCAUCCCUCAGCUGCCUCCACAUCUCUUCCAGGAAGAUCUGCUCCAUCACCCCAAAUACACACGAGGUCACCGUGACUUACGCACGAGGCAGGUGUAGCGUGGAAACUUCUCACUCUGAACAGAAGCCAAGCUGAGGACACGACGCGCUCGUUGGAGGGAUUUCCCACCCUGUGUCCUGCGCAGCGCAGACAAAGCAAGGUCUCCUCUCUAAACAGGCGACUCUUGGAUGUGUUCUGGGACAACGCACCCCAAUGGGACACGGCCAACACACUUCUUUCUUAACGUUCUUUAUUGCUGCAGCACAAACCUGGACAGCCACAGCUGAUGGAACCAGCGGUUGUGCAGGAGUGGACUGCGGCGCCUGCAGUGGCACCGUGCUGAUACACAACAGUCCGUGUGUGGAAGUGUCUGGAGACGGGGAGGGGAAGAGAAUGGAAAUGGGAUGGAGAGGGGAAGAAAAGAGAACGGGAGGGGGAGCCCCAAAGGCUCUGUCCUUGCAGUGACUUCGUGCCCCCCGUGCCGCUCCGUUUUGCUCACCCACCUGCUCCUGGUGCUCGCCACGGAGCAGCAGCGAACUUCCAGAAAGUUGUGGCCAUCAGGAGGAGGAGUAUGAGAAGGGCAGAGGCCAUAGCUCCCCACACUCGUCCCAUGCUGUCACCAGCAUGAUUACAGCCACAGCAAGUUGAUGACAUGGCAGGCACAGAGCAGUGCCUGUGACACCACGGGACAGCGUCACAGAGGGGCACUGUGAGCUCAGGGCAGAGGGGCUGACCCCAGCGCUCACGGAACCCCCCAGCGCCACUCUCGAGCUGCCACGGCAGGUAAGGCAGCAGGCUCCUCCUGCUCCUGGCACUGCGGCCCUCCAGGGGGUCCCAGUGCCCCACAUCUCACCCCGGCGCCCAUUUGGGCAUUUCCCCACAGAGAGAAUUCCUUCAUCGCUGACGGUGCUUCCGACACCCGACGCAACUUUAUUUGGAGCCUUUGUGCCCCCACCGGCCACUGCUGCGAUGCAGACCACCAUUGGCGGAGCAGUGCCCGUAUCCUUCCAGCCCAUCCCUGCCCCCAAUGUCACCUCCAUGGUGCCUCAGGCCUCUGUCCAGCCGGGGGUACCGGGUGUGCAGGGACAGGGAGCGCAGCUGCCACCUGGGGCGAUGCCUCAAACUGUGCUUCAGCUGCCAGUUGGGGCAAUGCCCGCAGCAGUGGUUCAGCUGCCACCUGGGGCAAUGCCCCAAACUAUGGUUGAGCUGCCCCUUGGGGCAAUGCCCUAUACUGGGGGUCAGCUCCCACCUCAGGGGGUACCCCAAACUGUGGGCCCACUCCCACCUCAGGGGGUAGCCCCAAUGGUGGGUCUGAUCCCACCUCAGGGGCUGCCCUCCACGGUGGAUCAGCUCCCACCACCUGGGUCAAUGCCCCCAACUGUGCUUCAUCUGCCACCUGGGGCAAUGCCUGACAGUGUGAUUCAGCUCCAAUCUGGGGAGAUGCACCCACCUGUCGUUCAGCUCCCACCUGGGGCAAUGCCCCAAACUGUGGGCCCGCUCCCACCUCAGGGGGUAGCCCCAAUGGUGGGUCUGAACCCGCCUCAGGGGCUGCCUCCAACAGUGGGUCAGCUCCCACCUGGGGCAAUGCCCCCAAAUAUGCUACAGCUGUCACCAGGGGCAUUGCCUGGAAGUGUGCUUCAGCUGCCAGCUGAGGCAUUGCCCCCAACUGUGGGACAACUCCCAAUUCAGGGGGUGCCCCCAACGGUGGGUCUGAUCCCAACUCAGGUGGUGUCCCCAACAGUGGGUCAGCUCCCAAUUCAGGGGUUACCCCAAACUGUGGGCCCGCUUCCGUCUCAGGGGGUUCCCCCCACUGUGGGCCAGCUCCCACCUCAGGAGGUGCCCCCAAUUGUGGUUCAGCUCACACCUGAGGGGCUGUACACAAUUGUGGGUCAUCUGCCACCCGGGGAGAGGCAGUUACCCCUCCUCCAGCUCCUACCCGGCGGGAUGAAGCCGGGUAUGCCUCCCCCCAAUGCCCCUGCCCACUGCUGGCAACAUCCCCGGCUGGCAGGGAAGCGGCAGCGGCAGCGCCAGCAGCCGAUGGGGCUGCGGCCCGGGGCCGUGUGCCGUGGGAAGCCCCCGCAGCCCGCAGGCAGCUGCCCGCUGCAGGCCCCCGGCCGCCCCGGCCCCUCCACGCUCCUCCGAGCACCUGCAGUGCAGCAGCGGGUGCUCCCCGGGCCCUGCACCCUGCCCGCCAGCUGGGAGCAGGCGACGGGGCCCUUUGCAGAUGCCGUGGCGCACACCCAGGAGCAGCGGCACCCAGCGCCCACCAACGUGUGCCCCCAUCCCGCCACGGCUCCGCUCGGCUGCAGCAGCGCAGCGCUGGAAUCAGGAGGUGAGUUUGGGGGCUGCGCAGCGGGCGGCAGGCUGUCCGCACCGGGUGGCUGUGGGAAAGCUGGCAUUGCCCCACUGGGGAUGUUCUUGCUUUUCCAGCAGCGACAAUGAGCUCAGACGUCCCGGAGGACAUCAGCGACAUCCAUUGCCUCCUGACUUGGAUCAACAACGAAGCGAUGAGUCUUCGCGAGGUCCCCCAGCCCAGCAACGACCUGCUGUGGAGGCAGCCCGAGCCGGCCGAGUGCCCAGCGCCCGCCCGCACCACCACAGGGCACGAGCAGCGCACUGGCAGCAUCCAGGCCCCAAAGAGGAAGCUGCCGCAGGGCCGGGAUGCUCCAGAAGCGAAACGCCGGCGCUAGGCGAGGCUGGGUGGGCUCAGCACAAGCGGGAGCGCCCGCAGAAACCGUGCCUGGAGCCCUGGGCUCCUCGCCGGCCCCCGCGGCACACACAGAGCAGCGGCAGUGCUCCAGGGGCACCAGCACCGGCCCCGGCCCUACCCCUCCAAACCUGGGCUGUCCACCACCACCACCGUGCACU